CACAAACUGCUACUUCAGUUGAAAUAUCAAACCAGAGGAUUCAGCACACCAAGGGAGCUCAUAAAAAUCAGUGAAACCAAAGACUUAAGGGCCAUCUCACCAGGCCUGCAAGCAACACAGUUCUUCUAUCAUGGUUGACAACAUCGUCACAAAGCCUCUUGGGUUAGUUUUGAUCGUCGUAGCUCACAUGGUAUUCAACGUCUCCAGCCAAACGAAUUUCACCGGUAACCUUGGGUCCGACAUCAUCCUUAGGUUCAAAUUUAUGUGUAAUGUCAGCCUAAAAGAAAGUAGUCAUUUGGGGGUUUAUAUAGGCCUAAGCCCAACAGAAGGGCUAAAGAUUGCUCAGUACACAAAGGGCAUAGGAGGAUUUAAGAUUGACCCUAAAAAUAAAUCUGUAUCUUGGAAAAUUAUGAAUCUAAGAUUAAAUGACAGUGGAAGUUACUGGGCCAGUUUGUUCGACUCAGAACCCCCCACAGAAAGUGAUAAGGUGCAGCUGGUCGUCCAAGUGGAGAACAGAAGCACCACCACAGUUCCUCCUUCUCAGAGUAGCACACCAAUACCAGACAGUGGAAGUUCCUCUCUCAUCGUCACUGUCCUUGUGGUUUCACCUGUAGUGCUGCUGGCUGCAAUACUACCAGGUUUAAUCUGGUGUCUCGUGAGAACCAAAGACAAGCAACAGCAACCAUCACCACCACCACCACAACAGAGCUCUAAUCCCACAACUCAAGAAACACUUGAGGCGUCCAAGAAUGUGCCUGGACAGUCAGUAAUCUACAGCGUCCUGGACUUUCCCAAGAGACCUCCAACAAUUUUGGAGAUAAACCCAAGUGAUACAGAGUACGCUGCUGUCAAUUAUCUCCCAGAAAAGAGAAGUGUGUGACAUGCAGCUCUUUGCAAAGCAGCUGGUCUUCUUUGGUUUGAGUGCAAGAUGACUUAUAUAAUCUUAAAAUAUAUUUCUUGUAAAGUAUGAUAAAUACUUUUCAUAAAACAAUAAUGAACCCUCUUAGCCUGUCAGCUCUUUACAAUAAUGAGCAGAAGAGUUUAGAGGGGGAGAGUCACUGUUGCUGCAUGGGUCGUAAGCAUAUGUAGGUGUCACUUUGUUCUUAGUGGUCUCGAGAUUGAAAUGUUGAGACAGUAGCUGUGGCAAACCACAAACCUACACGAUUUACAGUAGGAACUUUUCGAUUUAUUUUGGUUUAUGUUUGCUCUUUAUUUGUCUCAGGAUCAUCUGGCCACUAAACCCUUUAAGUCUGGUGUGAUUAUGUGUUUUUGUUAUUGUUAACAAAUGCCAUAAAAAGACUAAAACCAACAACGAAUGUAUCCUACUAGCAUUUCCUGUGCAUCCAGAGUCUGAUAUAUCUUAUUCCUCUGUGGCGCAGAGCUCCAUUGUUGCCCCCAAACUACCAAAUGCACAUUAUUGAGCCACAAAGUUCAGACAUGUUCCUUUAUUAUGAUGAACGCACUGUAGUUUGAUUUAAAUCCCACAUUAACCAUCCUGCUGCUGUAAAUACUCACUGGAGCACCAAAUGUGUAUUAAUACUCCACUAAAGAUGCACUAUUUAUUCCUGUUUGAGUUUUGUUAGUCUUUUCACGGGAUUUGUUGAAAAUAAAAAUCUAAUCAGGGCAGGCUUAUCCUUUAAGCCACCUGUGGCUAAAAUUGUCUCCAGAUUGAGGGUGUAAAGGGAUGGCAGAUGUUAUGAUAAUCAUUCAGGCAAUCAGAGACCAUUAGUCUUCAAAGCUCAAUGACAUUUAUAUCUGACAAGAAAUUUUGUGCUUUACUGUCAUGACAACUUUGACUUGUUUAUUAAUAUUUGUAUCUUCUGCAAGUAGACGUAAUAUCUUUACACACUCCUUGAGUUUCAGGUUUAGUAAGUAGUUGGGUACAGUUCAUCUUUUCUGUCUGUGGUUUUUUCAUCGUUGCAUUUAUCACAGUUUUGACUCAUCACUUUUCCGAUGUUAAAAUAAACAAAACUAAGAAUCUUAAGUGAAAUGAAACAGUUUUAGGAAAUGGAGACAUUUUAUUUAUAGAUUAAAGUUCUGCUACCACCUCAACAGUACUGUAUGUUCACAGAUAACAUUUGUGAUUUUUCCAUUGACUGUAGAGUGACAGUUUGACGCUGUCACACCAGUUUUAUACAAACAAAACAACUAUCUGACACUAUCUCGCUACCAUUUUCCACUGCAUGUCCUCUCUUUUUUCUGGCAGGUGCUUAUUGAUGUUUUGAUAUAUUUGACAGACAAAGUAUUGAUUUAUGUUCUCAAUGCCACAUAUUGAUAUUGAUUAAUGUGUGUUAUGCGUGUAUUAUGUAAACUCAACAUAUGUUCACCUGCGACAGGCAAGCAGGUUGAUUAUUCAGCCUGGAUGUUGGUUGUUACUCAGAAAGGAAAAUAAUCUGCCAAGCUAGAUGAUGAUGAUGAUGAUGUGUUUUUUUGUUGUGGGUGCAAUAGCACACAACUGUACAAAGACUGAAGUCUUCUUCUAUGCUCUUAUAGUCUUGUUGGUAAAAUAGCAAAUAAGCAAGUAAGUUUCUUGUCCUGUCAGGUGUUGUUAUUUCACAAACUACUUAACUGUUUCUUUAAAUGUACACAUUAUUUUUGCAAUGAAUGUCGAAAUAUAGCAAUAAACUUU